ACGAAUCAAAAUUGUUAGAACGUUGUAUGAAAGCAUGGCUCAGUACAAAAUGUAUCCAACUAAUGAAGAGUACGUUCAAGUGGCUAAGGCCCUGACUCUGAGGUACCCCUUUUUAAAAGACAAAGAGGGCAAUGGAUAUCACACUUGGCAUGUGUCUCUGAAACGCAAGUUUAAAUUUGAGCGGACACCUUUGGCUGACAUUGAAGAAGUGAAAAGAUUUAAACAGAAGUUUGGUCAUUCAAAAAAGUCUCUGCAACCUGAAGAAAACAGUUGCAAACAAAUUACAAAGCCUUUGGAGGUGGAUGCUGUUGGAGAGGAUGCUACAUCAAUAGAGGGACAUGUGAAAGUCCUGCAGGAACAGUAUAGAAGGACACAGCCAGAUACAUACAUUGUUGAAGAGCGAAUGAAGAGGACCUUUGCCUGGAGGCGAAAGGAGAUUACCAGUAGUAUGACUGUUGAAGAUGCCAUCAACAAAUAUCCAUUCCUGAAGAGUCCGUCAGGGCUUUAUCAAGAAAUUGGUUUACUGUAUAGAGGUGUUCAUCUGAGCCGCCACUUUCAAGAAAAUGUUGGACACAUUACAUCCAGCGUGCUACGGCUUGCACAAGGGAAAUCCCCUUUAGCAAAGCUGCACAAAGAAGCUAGAGAAGAAUCUCUUAGUGAAGACCAUCUUGAAAUUGAUUUUAAAGCAGCACUUCUCAUGUUGCCAGCCUUGUUCAGAGAGAAACUAGAACACUUCAUUGUGCUUGGGGAGAGUGAACCAUCUUCACCAUAUCCAACUGUUCAAGUACAGGAAACCACUGACUGGAAAACUGUGUUUACAAGAAAAGUCACUGCAGUCAUCAGAGUUGAUGGGAUCGAGAUCUGCUGGGCGAGCGGUGUGGAUGAAGGAGCUCUUGCAGCAUUUUUUGCUUAUUUCGUCUUCAAUUUGACAUAUCCAUCUCAUUUGAAGAACACCCUGAUGUUCUUCAGCGGUAUGUUUUGA